UCUGCCUUCUCCCCGUACUGCGGGUAGGUUCCAUAGUAUUGGGAAGGGGGGGGGUUCCUUCCCCACUCGUAAUGGUGGCGGGGGGAUCCGAGCGGCGCCCUGCCGUGCGUGAGGAGGGAGACGGCCUCCCGGCGGCAAUGACCGGGGAGCGGAGGCAGAGACAGGGAGGAGCGGCGGAGAGGGCUUCCCGAAGGGCGAUGGGCUGUGGCCCCCGACCAUUCGGGAGGCGUGUGCGGGCCCACGCGGCACGGCUCGGAUCGAGUCAGGUCGCGCUGCCCACCUCCUUGGGCCGGAGCAGAGGGAGAGCAGCCGCCCGCGCGGCACGUCGUGGAAGGAUAGCCAUAGGAGUAUUCACUUCUACACAAUGAGUAUUUGAAAAGUAUAAUAAAUGUGAAAUGUAUUACAGUGACAUUUUCUGGACAUGGUUCUUUUCUUACCACAAAGUUGCACUGCUAAUUAUCUGAAGGCAUUUUCAACAGAGAAGUAAUAUUACAGAUUGUAGCUUGGCUGAACAGAUGCUUUUGACUGGAGGUUUGAAAUCUCUCCUUCCUCAUGCACUAAGAAGAAUAAUUUGUUGCAACAGGGCUGGUAUUAGUAAUAUUUCUGGAAUGGCGGAAGGCUAUGAACAGGCCAAUGUUGUGAUUUUGCACAAGUCCUUGGCAGAUGACUUUGAGAAGUUCUGCCAUGCAAACAGUGGACCCCUGCCACUGCUGUACAGAAGUAAACCUGGGGAAUGGAAGCGUCCUUCUCUGAGUAGCGACUCCGAUAUCAGAAAGUAUGAUAAAGCUGUGGUAACUUCUUAUUUCACUGGAACUGACUGCCUGCAGUACAGGAAGUAUGAGUAUGGAGCUUUUACUGGAUCUCUAAAAAGUCUAAAGGAUUAUUCUGAACAACUGAAGGACAUGGUGGCUUUCUAUUUAGGCUGCAGCUUUUCUUUUGAAAAAGCUCUUCAAGCUGCUGGCAUUCCUGUAAGAAAUGUUGAACAGAAAUGUAAUGUAAGCACGUACAAGACAGCUGUGCCAUGCUACAGUAUUUCUACUUUUUGCUGCAACUUAGUUGUCACAAUGAGACCAAUUCCUGAAAGCAAAUUGGAAGCAGCUGUGCUAGCAACAUCUGAAUUAAAAGAAACUCACGGAGCACCAAUUCACAUGGGCGACCCUGGCCUGCUGGGAAUACAAGACCUUUCCAAGCCAGACUACGGAGAUCCUCUUCACCUUCACCCUGGUGAUAUCCCGGUGUUUUGGCCCUGUGGUUUAACAGGAAUAGAAGCAGCCAUCAACUGCAGUAUGUACUGUCUUCAGAAACUCUUAAAGCCAUCCUUCAGUCUCGCGCGAUCUCCGUUGGUUUUUACUCAUUCUUCUGGCUGCAUGUUCAUUACUGACCCGAAGAAUGACAGUGUUACACUCAGAUCCUCAAGAGAAGUCCAGCAAGUCCAUUGCAUUUCACAAGAUCCUUUGCACUAUAGUAUGGUGUCAGCAGAAGCUGCAAAAAAGAUAAAGGCUCUGGAGAGCCUAAUUGGAACAGAUCCAGGUGAUCGGGGCAUUGUUCAUUUACUCCGCCCAGAUGAGCUGCUGAAGGCUUGCCUGUCCCUCUCCCACGCUCGCUCCGUGCUGGUAACCACUGGGUUUCCCACCCAUUUCAAUUAUGAGCCACCAGAAGAGAACGACGGGCCUCCAGGAGCCCUUGCUAUUGCAGCCAUGUUGCAGGCCUUGGAGAAAGAUGUAGCCAUAGUAACGGAUCAGAGAGCCAUGGAUCUGAAUAAAAAGAUUAUUGAAGAGGCUGUGCAAAUAGGAAUCCUGAAGGAACCUGUCCCCUUACUGAGUUAUCAAAGGGAAAGUGCCAAUUCAGCUUUAGUAUUUUUGUGUGAGAAUGGGAAUCCCAGAAGACCUAGAUUUGAUCACCUGAUAGCAAUAGAGCGAGCUGGGAUGGCUGCUGAUGGCAAUUACUACAACGCCAGGAAAGUUAAUAUUAAACAUCUAGUGGAUCCCAUAGAUGAACUAUUUUUAGCUGCACAAACCAUUCCAGGAAUAACAACAACAGGUGUUGGAGAUGGAGGAAAUGAAUUAGGAAUGGGGAAGGUAAAAGAUGCUGUAAAGAAGCACAUAAAAAAUGGAGAUGUGAUAGCUUGUGAUGUUGAAGCUGACUUUGCUGUUGUAGCUGGCGUCUCUAACUGGGGAGGCUAUGCCAUUGCUUGUGCUCUGUAUAUUCUCAGCACCUGUGAAAUACACGACCGCUAUCUGAGGAGAGCUGUGGGGUUUUCACAGUCACCAAAGAAGACAGCCUGGCUGUCUGCACUUCCAUCAGUUACAAAGGAAGAAAAGCUUCUGAAAGCACUUGUGCAGCUUGGGGUCCGCAGUGGAAAAUCUGCCAGCCUAGAAAUGGAGGUGGACGCGCUGCCCUUCUACAACACCCAUUCACUCAUGAUUGAAAAACUGCUGCAGGAGGCGCAGCACUGACUGCUUCCUAGUGAUUUCUAAGUCAGGAGAUGAUCCUUUGUUAUUUCUUUAUGUCCUAGGCUCUUGCAAGGUAAAAAAGGGUCAGAAAAAGAUGAGUCUGUGUCUCUUAAGUACUGGACUUCUCAUCUCUGGUGUCUUGCCAAUCCACAACUUUAUGUUACUGCCUUCACAAAAUUUCUGUGAAAUGGGAAGGAGCUAUCAUGAUGAUUCAAUCCACCUUUCUUUCAUGUGAUUUUAUAAUGGAUUAUUGAAAGAUAUUACACACUAAGUGGUGAUCUGGCUUCUACAAAGAAAACUUCUCAUUAAAAUGAAAUACGAUCGCAUUGCUGUUCCUGUUUUACUAACCUCAUAACUGCAACAGGAAGUAACUCUUGUAGCAACUUGGAUUUAAAAAUACCCUGUGGUGGGGAGAACAGCUGCAGUGGAGUGUUCAAAACUAAACAAAAAACAGCAAGUGUUAAGGCAGUAAAAGUUGUUAAAUACAGGUCUUUUGUACACUUCUUCCUAUAGCCCUUCUAGCACUGUCUCCUCAUGGUGGUGGGUCCUUGGUGGAAAUGUGAGGAGGUGAGGGGAGGGCUCUGAUGAGAGUAAGGGCAGCCUAGUAGACUUUCUGUGUAAAAGGAAGGCUGUACUGAUCGCCUCCUUUAUCUUAGAAAUUUACCAUUUGUAAAUUUUGCCCCUUUCUGCGUAAUACAGAAAUACUGUAGAUAUUUUACUCUUAACAACAGGAUACCGUAAAGGAGUUAAAUACAUAAUGAUUAAAAAAUAAUACUUAGAAAUUAAAAUACAGUCAGAAAUUAAAGAACAUUUGCAUUCAGUUUAAAAUAAAAUUGUGUAAAUGAGCAUUUAGAUGAAUUCCAGUUACAGAAAUACAGCUCUCGACAAGGCUGUUCGAAGAACAAUUAAACUGUAUCUCAAAGGCCUACAGGCGCUGAACCAGCACAUGACAAGCAGUUGUGCCUUAUGCCCGGCUUACGUCAUUUAAAGUUGUGCUGUUACUUCAACUCCAGGUAAGGGCCUGUGCUGAAGACCUGACAGUUGUCAGCCCCCACAGCAGACAGCACAGGCUGUGCUUUACACUGCACCUCUCAGACACUGAUUGGGUUGUUAGAGUUAGGGCAGUAUGGUUAGGUUGCGUUUGGACUUGAUGAUCUUUAAGGUCUUCUCCAACCUGUGAUUCUAUGAUGCUUUACAUGUCAUAAAAAGAUGAUAGUGGUACAAAGUGAGAGUACCAAGCUAUUGUGCUUCAGUGGGAUCAGGAUGGCAGUUCUGUUUAGCCGCUGCUGGUUCCAAAGAACAGUGGUAUUUCAGCAGGUAGCAACAUCCUCAGUCUCCUUUUACAUUCCUUCUCUUACGUAAGACAAGCACAUAACUCUUUGAGAAAGAAAAAUCAGUUUGUACCACACACACCAGCAUUAAUUUUCUGAGCUCCCUGAAGAUACACAGUCUUUCAGGGCUUACAACAGUCGAACAUGUAUGAGAGAAAGAAACCUUAAUGCCAGAAUGCUGAUGCACGUUCAGACUUGCUCCCAGUGGUUAUUUUAUGGUGUAUUUUUUGCUUGUUUGCUGUUUUGUUUGUGUUUUUCUUUAAAGAAAAAACAACACAUUUUUGAAAGACGUUGCAAUGAGACUGUCAUUGUAGUUUCAAAAUUUGAAAAUAGAUCCUGUAAAAAUCUCCAAAACUACCCAGGCCACGAAGUGAAAUAUUCCAUAAGAACACUUGAAGGGUUGCUUUUUUGCCGAAGCCAGUAACCCCAUAGGGUGGAACUUAUUUACUGAUACACAGCACCCACAAAAGGAAAUCUGUAUAAUUUCAAGAUGUCUGUUUGGAUAAUGAGGCAGGUGAAUUCUUUCUCUGUGGGCUACACGCUCAGUAGCUUACUGACAUAUUACACUCACAGGUGUAAUGUAGAUCAUUCUUUCCGAACAUUAACUUCAUCAAGGGAACUUGAUUUAAUGAACUUUUUCUCUUUUCUUUCUAAAAUAUAAGCUUUAAUAAAUUUUGCUAAGAAACAUA